UUAGAAUAUGAAAACUCGGGAAAGCAGACAAAUGAACAUGUAGGAAUCUCAGACCAAAUUCUGCCAAACCGAAUGGAGUGGAAGGGAACCCUUACCCUCCACCAUCCCUUAACUUUGCAAUUCUAGCUCCCUCUAAAACCGAGUAAUUGGCGAUGCAGCUCUGCGUGACGUCAUACCACAAGCACUCCAAUCCCACGUGGGGGAGUUCCUGGUCCCGCCUCUCCUCUUUAAAUGGUACACUAUGCCGUCUUCUCUUUCUGGCCAAUCCCAUGCUGCUCUUUAGCCUCUUUCCUCCUUUUCCCGCCAUCCCAGGCCUCCCUUUUUGGCACUCUGGUCCAAUCAGGUCCUACCUCUCCGGAGCCCUCUCUCUUCCCGGCGGAAGAGGGGCGGGGUUUCGGUCUUUUGACUCCACCUUGAUCUAUGCGGCGCGGACCAACCCAAACCGUCAGAAAGAAAGGGCGUGGCUUGAAGUCCCUCCCCCAUUUUGGGGUUUACGGUUUGUGCUGGGGCAGCGGGUCUUAAUACUAGGCAACCUGCAGAGUGGGUCUCUGCAUCAGACUGGUCCUCCCAGAGGUGGCACCAUGGAGCGUUCUCCUGGAGACGGCUCCAGCCCCAGCCCCGUGGACCAGCCUUCUGCUCCCUCCGACCCCUCUGACCAGCCUCCCGCUGUUCACACAAAGCCGGACCUGAGUUCGGAGAACCAACCUACCGGCCCAGGCGCGGCGGGUGAGGCCCUGGCGGUGCUGACUUCGUUUGGGCGGCGGUUGUUGGUGCUGGUGCCGGUGUACCUGGCUGGGGCAAUGGGACUCAGCGUGGGUUUCGUGCUCUUCGGCCUCGCCCUCUACCUGGGCUGGCGCCGGGUCCGCGACGAGAAAGAACGGAGCCUUCGAGUAGCGCGGCAGCUGCUGGACGACGAGGAGCGGCUCACGGCGAAGACACUCUACAUGAGCCAUCGAGAGCUACCUGCCUGGGUCAGCUUCCCAGAUGUGGAAAAGGCUGAAUGGCUAAAUAAGAUUGUGGCCCAGGUCUGGCCCUUCCUGGGCCAGUAUAUGGAGAAGCUGUUAGCUGAAACUGUGGCCCCAGCUGUUCGAGGAUCUAACCCCCAUCUGCAAACAUUUACAUUUACACGAGUGGAACUGGGUGAAAAGCCAUUGCGCAUCCUAGGAGUCAAAGUUCACCCUGGUCAGAAGAAAGAACAGAUCCUGCUGGACUUGAACAUCAGCUAUGUAGGUGAUGUGCAGAUUGAUGUGGAAGUGAAGAAAUAUUUCUGCAAAGCGGGAGUCAAGGGCAUGCAGCUACAUGGUGUCUUGAGGGUGAUUCUUGAGCCACUCAUCGGAGACAUUCCUAUCGUGGGGGCUGUGUCAAUGUUCUUUAUUCGACGCCCGACCCUGGAUAUCAACUGGACAGGGAUGACCAACCUGCUGGAUAUCCCAGGACUCAGCUCACUCUCUGACACCAUGAUCAUGGACUCCAUCGCUGCCAUCCUGGUGUUGCCCAACCGAUUACUGGUGCCCCUUGUGCCUGACCUUCAUGAUGUGGCCCAGUUACGUUCCCCUCUUCCCAGGGGCAUUAUUAGGAUUCACCUGCUGGCUGCUCGAGGGCUAAGCUCCAAGGACAAAUAUGUGAAGGGCCUGAUUGAGGGCAAAUCAGAUCCCUAUGCCCUUGUGCGAGUGGGCACCCAGACAUUCUGCAGUCGUGUCAUCGAUGAGGAACUAAACCCCCAGUGGGGAGAGACUUAUGAGGUGAUCGUACACGAGGUCCCAGGUCAGGAGGUCGAGGUGGAAGUGUUUGACAAGGAUCCAGACAAAGAUGACUUUUUGGGCAGAAUGAAGCUGGAUGUAGGGAAGGUAUUGCAGGCUGGAGUAUUGGAUGAUUGGUUCCCUCUACAGGGCGGGCAAGGCCAAGUUCACUUGAGGCUAGAAUGGCUGUCACUUUUGCCAGAUGCAGAAAAACUGGAGCAGGUUCUACAGUGGAAUCGAGGCGUCUCCUCCCGACCAGAGCCCCCAUCAGCUGCCAUUUUAGUUGUCUAUCUGGAUCGGGCCCAGGAUCUUCCUCUGAAGAAGGGGAACAAGGAACCCAACCCCAUGGUACAACUGUCAAUUCAGGAUGUGACCCGAGAGAGCAAGGCUGUGUACAGCACCAACAGCCCGGUGUGGGAGGAGGCCUUCCGGUUCUUCCUGCAAGACCCUCAAAGCCAAGAGCUUGAUGUACAGGUGAAGGAUGAUUCCAGGGCCCUGACAUUAGGGGCGCUGACCCUGCCUCUGGCUCGCCUGCUGACUGCCUCUGAACUCACCCUGGACCAGUGGUUCCAGCUAAGCAGCUCUGGCACAAACUCCAGGCUCUACAUGAAACUGGUUAUGAGGAUCUUGUACUUGGAUUCAUCAGAAGUGCACUUCCCCGCCGUGCCUGGUACUCCUGGUGCUGGGGACCUGGACCGUGAGAGCCUCAUGACAGGCAGCAGUGUGGACGCACCCCCUCGACCCUGUCACACCACUCCGGACAGUCACUUUGGGACAGAGAAUGUGCUUCGGAUCCAUGUAUUAGAGGCCCAGGACCUGAUUGCUAAAGACCGUUUUUUGGGGGGAUUGGUGAAGGGCAAGUCAGACCCGUACGUCAAACUAAAGCUGGCAGGACGAAGCUUCCGGAGUCGUGUUGUUCGGGAAGAUCUCAAUCCCCGCUGGAACGAGGUUUUUGAGGUGAUCGUCACCUCCAUCCCAGGCCAGGAGCUGAUGGUCGAGGUGUUUGACAAGGACCUGGACAAGGACGACUUUCUGGGCAGGUGUAAAGUGAGCCUUACCGCGGUCCUAAACACUGGCUUCCUUGAUGAGUGGCUGACCCUGGAGGACGUCCCAUCUGGCCGCCUGCACUUGCGUCUGGAGCGUCUGACCCCCCGGCCCAGUGCUGCUGAGUUAGAGGAGGUGCUACGGGUGAACAGUUUGAUCCAGACUCAGAAGAGUGCAGAACUGGCGGCGGCCCUACUGUCUGUCUAUGUGGAGCGGGCUGAGGACCUGCCGCUCCGAAAAGGUACCAAGCCUCCCAGCCCUUAUGCUGUUAUCACUGUGGGAGAUACUUCUCAUAAAACUAAGACUGUUUCCCAGACUGCAGCGCCCACCUGGGACGAGAGUGCCUCCUUUCUCAUCAGGAAACCAAACAUUGAGAGCCUGGAGUUGCAGGUUCGGGGGGAAGGGACUGGCACAUUGGGCUCGCUGUCCCUGCCCGUCUCGGAGCUCCUCGGAGCUGACCGGCUCUGCUUGGACCGCUGGUUUACACUCAACAAUGGUCAAGGGCAGUUGCUACUGAGAGCACAGUUGGGGAUCCUGGUAUCCCAGCACUCAGGAGUGGAAGCUCACAGCCACAGCCACAGCUAUAGCUCCUCAUCUCUGAGUGAAGAACCAGAGCUCUGGGGGGGCCUCCCUCAGACUACCUCCUCGGCCCCAGAGCUCCGGCAGCGCCUAACACAUGGUGACAGUCCCCUUGAGGCUCCCGCUGGGCCUCUGGGCCAGGUGAAACUGACUGUAUGGUAUUACAGCGAAGAACGAAAGCUGGUCAGCAUCGUUCACAGUUGCCGGGCCCUUCGACAGAAUGGACGGGAUCCCCCUGACCCCUAUGUGUCCCUGUGGCUACUGCCAGACAAGAACAGGGGCACCAAGAGGAAGACCUCACAGAAGAAGAGGACCCUAAAUCCCGAAUUCAAUGAACGGUUUGAGUGGGAAUUGCCCCUGGAUGAGGCCCUCCGGCGAAAGCUGGAUGUCUCUGUGAAGUCUAAUUCCUCCUUCAUGUCAAGAGAGCGUGAGCUGCUGGGGAAGAUGCAGUUGGACCUCGCUGAGAUUGACCUUUCCCAGGGUGCGGCCCAGUGGUAUGACCUCACGGUUGACAGGGACAAAGGCAGCUCCUAGGAGCCGGGAUGACCCGUCUGCUGUCUCCUUGCCUCUCCUGCUGCUGCCUCACCCCGUCAGUGGGAUGAGCUGAAAGCGAAGGCCUGAGGGCAGAGCCUGCGCCCCUCAGCCCUCUCACCGCCCAGGCCCAUGCUGGGGCCUUUGCCUGACCAAAGAGGAGGACCUUAUGUUACCCCUUCUUUACUGCACGGCCUUUAUCCUCUGGGGUCCUGAGGCAGGGACCCCAGCUGGCUAUUUCCUGCUCUGCCUGCAAAUUCUCUUUCCUCCCAACUCCUCAGGGCCUUCUGUACCUGUGCCUGGCCACUGGCAGUGGCAUUAGCUUAUGCCAAAUACACUUCUGGGAAGAUCUUUAUUCUGUGAAGAAAAAAGACAAAUAGGGAGGGUAAGCACGUGGGCGGGAGGGUGGACAGGCUAACUACUCAAGCUCUGAGCCUCUUGGACCACUGCAUACAGCAAAUGUCUGGCAACCCCGGCCCCCAUGUCUCAUUCCCACUUUCCUCAAGCCUGUCCUGAAAGUUACACCUGCUAUGACUAGGGCCAGCCAGUCUCCUGAUUCACUCUGAAAAUUGGGAACACUUGGGUUCUAUCCAAGCCUUCAAGUAGCAGGUUUCAGUCUUGGAGCCUCUCUAGCUGGUGCUGUGCGGAGGGCCUUGGGCAGUAAGGCCCAUUUUUCGUCUGGGUGCCCAGCUGUUAACUCACUGACUAGAACUGAAUCUGUUUUGCACCAACUCUGCCAAUCCACUGUAUCUUACAUUAAACAGUAUAAGCAAACCA